AGUUCGUUCCUUCCCCCCAUUCAUUGUCAUUCACUGCUUCAUCCUUUUCCCAUUUAUUCUCUAAUUAGUUUACAUUUUCUCUCAUCAGUCAUUUAUCUUUCUUCUUCAACCAAUUUUACGUCGAAGAGAACACCAUUAAAGACUUCACCCAUCAGUUUCCCCGCGAACCCCGCCCUUCUUGCCUUUUCUUUCUUUCACAUUCAUAAUAAACCCAAUUCCAAAAAUCCAAUCUUUUUUUUUCUUUUUGUUUUUCUUUUGAAUAGUAAAAGAUCCAAUCUUUUUUUCUUCUUCUUCUUUUUUCCUUUUGAAAAGUAAAAGAUCCAAUUUUUCUAGAAAGAGAUAUGUGAAGGAAGAAAAAGGAAUCCCCCUUCCAUUUACUAUUGUCCAAAUACGCUGUAUUUAUUUCCUUUUAAAUGGAUCUUUGCGUUUUCCGUUUCAGUUCCCAAAAGGGUUUUUGGUUUCUCAAACAUAGCCUUUUGUAUUCAGCUUCUCAUAUACUCAUCGAUCUGAAUAGUUUAUUCUAAUAUUUGAGUUCUCUUUAAUCUUUUUUAAUCUUUUUUUUUUGGAAAAGUUUAAGAUGAGUGUAACCAAGUCCCAGGUUUGGCAACCUUGUAAAAAGAAGAGGAUUUAGCUUAAGGCUUAAUCCAGAAGCAAAAAAAUAAAAGAAGAUUUUUUUAUAGGGAAGAAAAAAAACAAGAGGAUGGGAUUUGUAUUGAUUUAGGGUAGGGAUUUAAUAAGGUUUUAGGAUCUGUAAGAAAUAGAAAGUUUGGAGAUAGAUGGGUUCAAGAUCAAAUAAUGGAAGUGGGAGGACUAGAGUGGGAAGGUAUGAUGUAGGGAGGACCCUUGGGGAGGGUACUUUUGCAAAGGUCAAAUUUGCAAGGAAUGUUGAAACUGGUGAUAAUGUUGCCAUUAAGAUUCUUGAUAAAGAGAAGGUCAUGAAGCACAAGAUGAUCGGUCAGAUUAAACGGGAAAUAUCAACCAUGAAACUUAUAAGACACCCCAAUGUUAUCCGAAUGUAUGAGGUCAUGGCCAGCAAGUCGAAGAUAUAUAUUGUUUUGGAAUUUGUUACUGGUGGCGAACUGUUUGACAAAAUUGCUAGUAGAGGUAGGCUGAAAGAAGAUGAAGCAAGAAAAUACUUUCAGCAACUUAUAAAUGCAGUUGACUACUGUCAUAGUAGAGGUGUAUUCCACAGAGACCUCAAGCCUGAAAACUUGUUGCUGGAUGCAAAUAGUGUUCUUAAAGUUUCGGAUUUUGGACUGAGUGCGCUGCCUCAGCAAGUUCGCGAAGAUGGACUACUACAUACAACAUGUGGAACACCAAAUUAUGUGGCUCCCGAGGUGAUCAACAAUAAAGGUUAUGAUGGAGCUAAGGCUGACCUGUGGUCAUGUGGUGUAAUCCUUUUUGUACUUAUGGCUGGUUAUUUGCCUUUUGAGGAGUCAAAUCUCAUGGCACUAUAUAAGAAGAUACAUAAAGCUGAAUUUACAUGUCCACCCUGGUUUUCCUCUAGUGCGAAGAAACUAAUCAAAAGAAUCUUGGAUCCCAAUCCACAGACGCGCAUCACAUUUUCCGAGGUCAUUGAGAACGAGUGGUUCAAGAAAGGGUAUCGUCCACCUGUUUUUGAGCAGGCAGAUGUUAGUCUUGAUGAUGUGAAUGCUAUUUUUAGUGAAUCUGCUGACUCUUCGAAUCUUGUUGUGGAGAGACGGGAUGAACGGCCUUCUGCACCACUGACUAUGAAUGCUUUUGAGCUUAUUUCAACUUCUCAGGGUCUCAAUCUCAGUUCUCUGUUUGAAAAGCAAAUGGGGCUAGUCAAAAGGGAGACAAGAUUUACAUCGAGAUGUCCUGCGAAUGAAAUUGUCUCAAAAAUUGAAGAAGCUGCUGUACCUUUGGGCUUCAAUGUGAGGAAAAAUAACUACAAGAUUAAGCUUCAUGGGGAGAAGAGUGGGCGCAAAGGUCAUUUAUCCGUUGCAACCGAGAUUUACGAGGUGGCACCUUCACUAUACAUGGUUGAGCUUCGCAAGGCUGGAGGAGAUACCUUGGAAUUUCACAAGUUUUACAAGAACCUGUCUACCGGAUUGAAAGACAUUGUGUGGCAACUGGGGGAAGGAGGAGAGGAAGUAAAAGAUGGUUAGUAUGGUCUCGUCGCAACUUGAUUUUGGGUUGCCAAUGUGAAUAAGCUCUGCAAACAGUGUGCUAGAUAUUAGAUAAUGCUGUGCUGUAAAAAGCGCUUUUAUCAUCAGUUGAUGUCAAACAGAGUGUUUUAAGCAUCGACGAGUUUAUAAUACAUUGUUUUAUGUACGAUUAAGGCACGUAAACUUAGAAAAAUUAAGACUGGUUUUACAUUGCCAUUGUUGUCUUAUUUGGUGACAAGAUAUUACGGAUCUCCAAAUAUGUGCUUUUAUUGAACUGGAAGUGGUAACAAAGUGUGUUAUAUAACAUGUUGCUGGAUCCAAUUUCUGGGGUUGUUA